GCUUUGUAACUUCACCCACCGUCCUCUGCACAGCCCUUGAGCUGGAAGAGCUGGGCUCUUUGCCUCCUCCUCACGACUUUUCUUCUGCUUUCUAGGAAGAUCAGCCCAUCUACAUGGCAGUGAAGGGGGUGGUGUUUGAUGUCACUUCUGGAAAGGAGUUUUAUGGCCGAGGAGCCCCCUACAAUGCCCUGACUGGGAAGGACUCCACCAGAGGUGUGGCCAAGAUGUCCCUGGAUCCUGCAGACCUCACCCAUGACACUACCGGCCUGACGGCCGAGGAGCUGGAAUCCCUGGAUGAUGUCUUCACCAGAGUGUACAAAGCCAAAUACCCCAUCGUCGGCUACACGGCCCGAAGAAUUCUCAACGAGGACGGUAGCCCCAACCUGGACUUCAAGCCUGAAGACCAGCCCCAUUUUGACAUAAAAGACGAGUUCUGACAUCCCACCUGGAGGAGCUCAUUGCUGAGAGGGUGAGGCAGGGAGACACUCAGGGGUGGAAUCUCCCGCAAAACAGGCUGCCUGGGCCUCUGGUCACCGGCUCUGAAUAAAGCAGGCAUUUACCUGGAAUGCGGGAUGCCCUUUGUUGCCCGUGGACAGGUGCUCUGUCCCACCCAGGUAUCCUGCCCGCACCAGCCAGGGUGGUAACAGUAGCCGAGGGGGCGCCUCCUGGGUGUCAGCGUGGGCUGUGUGGGCAGUGGAAUUACGAGUGACCUUUAGUUCUUCUUUAUAUUGUUCUGUACUUGGCAAGAUUUCUACUGUGACCAUGUUUACUCUAGAAUAAGCACCAAAAUAAACUUCCUAUUUUCACAAAAGGUGAAUUCUU